GACCCAGCUCCAUUCCCAGCCCCGCCUCCUUCGGUGGGCAGCCGGCCGGAACUCACGAAUCAGAGCAGCCGACACAUCGUCCGCUCAGCCAAUCGUAGCAGAUGUGUGAUCCCGCCACCUCCCCGGACCCUGGCGGUUGGCGCUGAGUCGGCGACCGCGGGAGACGCUGCUGAGGCGGCUUCGGUUGCGGGUCGGAACGGCGCUGCUCUGCGGGGCCGGUCCAGGCUGGCAGCUGCCGGCGCUUGGCGGUGAGGGCGGGCUCCCGAGUGGCCCCCCACCGAAGGCGGUGGGACCAGCGGCUGAGGCCAGGAUGCCGUUCAGGCGGCGCGGCGACUCCUCACUCAUCCCAGAUGUUGGUUAUCUUUCUGAAGUAGACUGUCCAUGGCCUGAACAUUUUCUGAAAAUCAUUUUGAGCAAAAUAUCUGUUUAAUAACAAGAUAACCACAUCAAGAUGGUUGGAAAGCUGAAGCAGAACUUACUAUUGGCAUGUCUGGUGAUUAGUUCUGUGACUGUGUUUUACCUGGGCCAGCAUGCCAUGGAAUGCCAUCACCGGAUAGAGGAACGUAGCCAGCCAGUCAAAUUGGAGAGCACAAGGACCACUGUGAGAACUGGCCUGGACCUCAAAGCCAACAAAACCUUUGCCUAUCACAAAGAUAUGCCUUUAAUAUUUAUUGGAGGUGUGCCUCGGAGUGGAACCACACUCAUGAGGGCCAUGCUGGACGCACAUCCUGACAUUCGCUGUGGAGAGGAAACCAGGGUCAUUCCCCGAAUCCUGGCCCUGAAGCAGAUGUGGUCACGGUCAAGUAAAGAGAAGAUCCGCCUGGAUGAGGCUGGUGUUACUGAUGAAGUGCUGGAUUCUGCCAUGCAAGCCUUCUUACUAGAAAUUAUCGUUAAGCAUGGGGAGCCAGCCCCUUAUUUAUGUAAUAAAGAUCCUUUUGCCCUGAAAUCUUUAACUUACCUUUCUAGGUUAUUCCCCAAUGCCAAAUUUCUCCUGAUGGUCCGAGAUGGCCGGGCAUCAGUACAUUCAAUGAUUUCUCGAAAAGUUACUAUAGCUGGAUUUGAUCUGAACAGCUAUAGGGACUGUUUGACAAAGUGGAAUCGUGCUAUAGAGACCAUGUAUAACCAGUGUAUGGAGGUUGGUUAUAAAAAGUGCAUGUUGGUUCACUAUGAACAACUUGUCUUACAUCCUGAACGGUGGAUGAGAACACUCUUAAAGUUCCUCCAGAUUCCAUGGAACCACUCAGUAUUGCACCAUGAAGAGAUGAUUGGGAAAGCUGGGGGAGUGUCUCUGUCAAAAGUGGAGAGAUCUACAGACCAAGUAAUCAAGCCAGUCAAUGUAGGAGCUCUAUCAAAAUGGGUUGGGAAGAUACCGCCAGAUGUUUUACAAGACAUGGCAGUGAUUGCUCCUAUGCUUGCCAAGCUUGGAUAUGACCCAUAUGCCAACCCACCUAACUACGGAAAACCUGAUCCCAAAAUUAUUGAAAACACUCGAAGGGGAAUCCUGGAAACAAUCCCCUGUGGAUACCAAGAGAUGACUAUAUAGGGGAGGCCGUGGUGACAGAUGAAGUGGCAUUGGGCUUUGUAAGGGUAAGAAAGCUAAGAGUGGCCUGAGGACAGAUGACAAACAUGACAUAUUGCUCACUUUAGCCAAUGCUCAGAAUCUCUUAGGUUUUUGAAACUUCACAAGCAAUUUAGGCAAACUCUCCUUUCUUCUCUAUCUCUGUAUUCUAUGUAAUCCCACAGUUGAAGGCUGUUCUUAUAGUGGAAUUAAUUAUACCUCACUCCAAAAACUUGACCCUGAUUUCCGUCUACAAACCCAAAGCAGCAAAUACAAUUUACUUUUAUAUUUGAAUUAUUUUCUUUGUAAUGGUGUCUGUUGACAGCCAAAGCCUUUUGUAUGGAAACAUACCACCACUGCCACAAGUAAAAGCUAUAAAGCAGUGUUAAAUACUGUAUAUAGAGCUCACAUUUUUAUAUGCAUUUCUUUUAGGUCUUAUGUAGUGUGUGUACUGUGGAAGAUCGAGAAAGUGCGUUAGGUUGUUAGACAAAAGACCCAGAAGGCCUGCUAGAGAGGCCACAGGUGGAACUAAGAAAGCAAUCUCUAUGUCACUCAGUCUUUGAGAAACUUCCUUCAGAAUCAUAGAACAUUAGAACUGGGAAGGUUAAAAAAUCUUUAGUCUGUUUUUCCCAGCUCCAGUCUCUUGUGAAUAAUUAACAGUAAAGUUAAAGAUUAUGAGAAUUACGUGCCUCCUUUUUUCCCUUGCACAACAUAGAAUUUGUUUUCUAAUAGUAGUGUAUUUGUUAGCUUUGCAUUCCCAUAAGUGAUGGUUUCCAGCCUUGGCAAACCCUUGCAGCCUCCAGCCACAAGUCCCCUGGACCUCAGAGAAUGUAUAUACUGUAUGUGCACCCUAAUAACAUGUUUCCUUAAAACUAGUACUACUGGAUCCUCUAACUUUAGUACAUGUCUUUCAUGUCCAACUUUUCAGAGGCCGCCAAAAUAGCAACCCUAAACUCAUUUGUCACUCUCAAAACAAUAUACGAAUAUGGAAAGCUAAUGUAAAAAUGGUAAGGGACUGAGCCAUUUGGAAGGUAACUUAAUGUAAGUGCCUGAAAAACAGGGAUACAAAAAAGCAAAGGGACAAGAAGCAAGCCAGUUCACCCUGAACCCUACAAAUGUUUGGGAAUUAGAAACAUCAAGUAUUACAAAUUAGGGGAAACGGAUGAAGUCUGAUACUAAAAAUAGGGAGGUUGACAGUCUGUGUAGGAACAGUUAGACUUCCAGAUCCUUAUCUCUAUACCCCAUCUCCCCCUCUGCAGAAGAGAUAGAUUCCCUUAGGGAGGAAGAAAACUAGAGAAAAUAAAGACACUAGGGGGAGAGUGUGAUGUCAGCAAGAUAGUGGAAUAAAAGAUACCUGGCAUCACUCUUCCCACAAAAAUGCAACUAGAAAUUAUUCAGGCUGGGCGCGGUGGCUCACUCCUGUAAUCCCAGCAUGUUGGGAGGCCGAAACGUGUGGAUCACUUGAGGUCAGGAGUUCGAGACCAGCCUGGCCAACAUGGUGAAACGCCGUCUCUACUAAAAAUACAAACAUUAGCUGGGCGUGGUGGUGGGUGCCUGUAAUCCCAGCUACUCAGGAGGCUGAGACAGGAGAAUUGCUUGAACUCGGGAGGUGGAGGUUGCAGUGAGCCAAGAUCAUGCCACUGCACUCCAGCCUGGGCGAAACAGCAAGACUCCAUCUCAAAAAAAAAAAAAAAAAAAAAAAAGUAUUCAAAGACAAGAAUACCAACCUGAGUUCACCAGAACUUGGGGAAGAAGUGGAGAAACCUCCUGGGCCGACAAAAUUUUUUGUAAAAUAAGUGGUCAUUUCAGACUGUGCCACCCCUUCCCCCCAAGCUGGCAUAACACCACUCAGGGAGAAUUUUCCUAGCCCUGCAGUUUCCAAGGUGAGAGGAAGGAACUGGAGGUGGGUAUUCAGUCUCCUCACUGGUCUGGGAAUCUUCCCAGGGAGCCCACUCCCGUCCCAUCAGGGAGAGCCAGGAGAGCUGAACUAUCUGGGGUAAAUUGGGGACAAAGAGCAGGGCACUGAUUGUAGCAACUAGUAUAUGGAUCUUGCUGCUACUCUGUACUCUAAUUAGCCGAGACACCCUAUUGACAAGGCUGGCCAGUGUCUUAGUGCCACUGGGGUGUAAUCAGUGGGAAGGCCUGAAUCCCUGGUCAGAUUUUCCACAAAACUUAGUGCUCACAUGGAACCUUCCCGUGGCCCAGAAACAGCUAUAAGAUUGGGAUUAAGCUGGGCAUGGCAGCUCAUUUCUGUAAUCCCACUUUGGGAGGCCAAGUUGGGUGGAUCAUUUGAGCCCAGGAGUUCAAGACCAGCCUGGGCAACAUAGCAAAAUCCCACUUCUACCACAAAAACAAAAGUUAGCUGCAUGUGGUGGUACGUGCCUGUAAUCCCAGCUACUUCAGAGGCUGAAGCAAAGAGUCGCUUGAGCCUGGGAGACAGAGGUUACAGUGAGCCAAGAUCGCGCCACUGAACGCCAGCCUGGGCAACAGAGCAAAACUGUGUCUCCAAAAAAAAAAAAAAAAAAAAAGUUGGGAUUAACUUCCAGUGUACACUUAAGCACUUAAGACUUUCACAGACUGGGAAAUGAUGACAGGAUAGCAAUAUAGUUGCAGAACAAUGUUUACCUUUCGGUGGUCACUAUAAGUCUUCUUGUCUGUGAAACAAUGUCAGGGCAAGUUAGUUUAGUUUUAGUGCAAUGUUUCGAACGGCAGGGCAAGUUAGUUCUGUUUUAGUGCAAUGUUUUGAAUGGCAGGGCAAGUUAGUUUAGUUUUAGUGCAGUGUUUCAGUUCUGAGGCUCACUGUAAGUCUUCCCCAGAAUGGGAAGAAACAAUAGGACAGUACUUAAGCUCUCAUACUAAGUAAAGGCCCGAAAUCACCAAAGAACACCUGCAAAACCUAGAAGAAAUGGCUGUGUCCUCAAAUGUGCAAGCAUCAACAUAAACAAGCAAUGAUUAUGAAAACUUAGGGAAAUAUGACACCACCAAAAGAAACCAACAAACCUCCACCAGUGGACUCAGAAGAAUUGAAGAUCUAUGAAAUGUCAGACAGAGAAUUCAGAAUAAGCCUCUUUAAAAAGUUCAGUGCAUCUGCCAGGCAUGGUGGCUUAAGCCUGUAAUCCCAGCACUUUGGGAGGCCGAGGCGGGCAGAUCACGAGGUCAGGGGAUCGAGACCAUCCUGGCUAACACGGUGAAACCCCAUUUCUACUAAAAAUACAAAAAAUAAGCAGGGCCUGGUGGUGGGCACCUGCAGUCCCAGCUACUCGGGAGGCUGAGGCAGGAGAAUGGUGUGAACCCGGGAGACGGAGCUUGCAGUGAGCUGAGAUUGUGCCACUGCACUCCAGCCUGGGAGACAGAGCAAGACUCUGCCUCAAAAAAAAAAAAAAAAUGUUCAGGGAAUCACAAGAAAAUAGAGAUAGAAAAUUAAAUGAAAUUUAGAAAGCAGUCCACGUAUGUAGUGAGAAAUUUGACAAAGAAAUAUAAACAAGAAAAAAAAUAGAAAUCCUAUCUAUAAACAAUACAGUAACUGAACUGGAAUAACUCAUUGGAAAGCUUUAGCAGCAGACUUAAUCAAAUAAAAGAAUUGGUGAGCUUCAGGACAGAACAUAUGAAAUUACCCAUUCAGAGGAGCAAGAAUAAAAAAGGGUAAAGAAGUCCUACAAGAAUUGUGGAAUACCGUCAAGCAGACUAACCUCUGCAUAAUAGGAAUUCCUGAAGAUGAGGAGGAAAAGGGUGUAGAAAGCAUACUUAAGCAAAUCAUGGCUGAAAAAGUCCCAAAUCUAGAGAAAGAUGACACUGUCUAGGUACAGGAAGCUCAGUGAUCGGCAAUUAAAAUCAACCCAAAGAAGAGAUACCUAUGGCACAUAACAAUCUGGUUAACAAAAAUCAAAGACAAAGAAAGAUUACUCAAGGCAGCAAGAGAAAAGAAAUGUGUCCCAUUCAACAUACCCCAAUAGAGCUUUCAGCAGAUAUCCCAGCAGAAACCCUGUAGGCCAGGAAAGAGUGGAAUGGUAUAUUUAGAGUGCUGAAGGAAAAGAAAAAAACUGCCAAGCAAGAAUACUGUACCCAGCAAAGUUACCCUUUAUAAACACAAAGGUGAGAUAAAGAUUUUUCCAGACAAACAAAAGUUGAGGGAAUUCAUCAACACCAGACCUGUCUUACAAAAAAUGCUAAAGGGAGCUGUUCAGUCAGAAAGUGAAGGAUGCUAAUGGGUAAAAAGAAAGCAUCUAAUGGCAUUAAACUCACCGGCAAAAGAAAGAAAACUCACUGGUAAAAGAAGACUUCUGAAAAAUUCAGAAUAUUGUAAUACUGCAAAUGGGAUGAAUAAACCACUUAUAUUUUAAGUAUGAAGACUAAAAGAUGAAUUUUUUUUUUUUUUUUAAGACAGAGCCUCACUCUGUCACUCAAGCUGGAGAGUGCAGUGGUGCAAUCUCAGCUCACUGCAACAUGCACCUCCUGGGUUGAAGUGAUUCUCAUGCCUCAGCCUCCGAGUAACUGGGAUUACAGAUAUGUGCCUACACACCUGGCUUAUUUUUGUAUUUUUAGUAGAGACAGGAUUUCACCAUGUUGGCCAGGCUGGUCUCGAACUCCUGACCUCAGGUGAUCCGCCCAUCUCGGCCUCCUGAAGUGCUGGGAUUACAGGCUUGAGCCACCAUGUCCGGCCGACAAAACUAUUAAAAACAGUAACUACAAUGGUUAUUUAGGAGACAGACAAUUGUUUAAGCAAUAAAAAGAUUAAAUCAAAACAUCAAAAAGUCAAAAUGGCAAUGGUGGUGUUAAAGUAUAGAGUUUUUGUUACUUUUCUUUGCAAAGUUAAGUGAUUAUCAGUUUAAAAUAACCUAUUAUAAGAUUUUUUUUUGUAAGCCUCACAGUAACCAUAAAGCAAAAACCUAUCAUAGAUACACUAAAAAUAAAUAGCACAAAAAUCAAAGCACGCUGCCAGAGAAAAUCACUUACCAUAGAGGAAGACAGUAAGAGAGGAAAAUAGGAAGAAAGAAUCUACAAAGCAACCAAAAACAAGGAACAAUAUGGCAGUAGUAAACCCUUACCUGUCAGUAAUAACCUUGAAUAUAAAUGGAUUAAAUUCUUCAAUUAAGAGUGGCAGAAUGGAUUAAAAAACAAGACCCAUCCAUAUGCUGGCUACAAGAAACUCACUUCAUCUGUAAAGAUAAGCACAGACUGAAAGUGAAGGUAUGGAAAAAGAUAAUUUAUGCAAAUGGAAACCAAAAAAGAGCAAGAGAGCCUAUAGUUUUAUCACAUAAAAUAAACUUAAGAUGGUUAAAAAAAAGACAAGGCCAUUAUAUAACGACAAAGGGGUCAGUACAGCAAGAGGAUAUAACAAUGGUAAAUAUAUAUACACCCAACACCAGAGCACCCAAAUAUAUAAAGCAAAUAUUAAUAGACCUAAAGAGAGAGAUAGACUGCAAUACAGUAAUACUAGGGAACAUCCACACUUUCAAUGUGAACAGAUCAUCCAGACAGAAAAGAAACAAAGAAACAUAGACAUUAAACUGUACUCUGGACCAAAUGGACCUAACAGAUAUUUACAGAACAUUCCAUCCAACAGUUGCAGAAUACACAUUUUUCUCAACAGCACAUGGAAUAUUCUCCAGGAUUGAUCAUACAUUAGGUCACAAAACAAGUUUUAACAAAUUUUUAAAAUUGAAAUUAUAUUUAUCUUGUCACAGUGGAAUAAAACUAGAAAUCUAUAAUCAGAGGAACAUUGGAAACAGUACAAAUUAAUGGAAAUUAAACAACAAAUGGACCAAUGAAGAAAUUUUAAAGUAAAUUUUAAAAUUUCUUGAGACAAAUGAAAAUGGAAACAAAAUACCAAAACCUAUGGGAUACAGCAAAAGCGGUUCUAAGAGGGAAGUGUAUAGCAAUAAACGUCUAUAUCAAAAAAGUAAAAAGACUUCAAAUAACCUAACGAUACACCUCAAGGAACUAGAAAAGCAAAACCAAACAAACCCCCAAUUUUUUGUUCUUUUUUUCUCCGUGAAAAAAGGCACCUAAAAAACAAACCAAUGUUAAUAGAAAGAAAUAAUAAAAGAGCAGAAGUAAAUGAAACCAAGACUAAAAGAAUACAAAGAUCAAUGAAAUGAAAAUGUUUUUUUGAAUAGGUAAUCAAAAUUGACAAACCUUUCAGAAGACUAAGUGUUGAGGGGUGGUGGGCGGGGGGAGAGAAGACCCAAAUAAGCAAAACCAGAGGUGAAAAAUGGGACAUUGUAAGUGAUACCACCGAUAUACAAAAAGAUCAUUAGAGACUACUAUGAACAACUAUACACCAAAAAAUUGCAAAGCCUAGAAGGAAUGUGUAAAUUCUCUGACACAUACAACCUACCGAGAUUGAAUCAGGAAGAAACAAAAGACCUCAACAAACCAAUAAUGAGUAAUGAGGUUGAAGCCAUAUAAAAAAAGUCUCUCAAACAAGAAAAGCCCAGGACCUGUUGCUUCACUGCUAAAUUCUGCCAGACAUUUAAAGAACUAAUACCAAUCCUACUCAAACUCCUCAAAACAAAAAUGUUUUUGGAAGAGAAGGGAUUACUUCCCAACUCAUUCUACAAGGGCAGCAUUACCCUGAUACCAAAACCAGACAGGAUGCAACAAGAAGAUGACAGGCCAACAUCCCUGAUGAACACAGAUGCAAAAAUCCUCAACAAAAUACUAACAAACCAAGUUCAACAAUACAUUAAAAAGAUCAUCCUGGGAUACGAAGAGGGGAAGAACAGACUUACUUGAGGGUGGGGGGUUGGAGGAAGGAGAGGAUCAGAAAAAAUACCUAUUCGGUACUAUGCUUAUUACCUGAGUGAUGAAAUAAUCUGUACACCAAGCCUCUGUGACACACAGUUUACCCACAUAACAAACCGGCACAUGUACCUCUCAACCUAAAAAAAAAAAAAAAAAAAAAAUCAUCA